AUUCAUACACAGAAAUAUAAUUAUAAGAAUAUGGUGACAAAGAACUCAACCCCGUGAAACAAAAGUACAAAAAAUAAAAAUAAAAAACAGAGCCAAUUAGAUAAUUUAAUAAACUCCACGUGUCAACACCAGACACGAGUGGAAAUGGUAAAAGAUUGCUAAUUCUCCUCUGUUCUUGAAUAUAUAUUAUAUAGCUAUGUAUGUUCGACCUUUGAAAUGUGAACAGAGAAGAAAGCAAAACCCACUAAGGAGUAUGGUGGAAUUGGAGGUGAAGAAGAAGAAGAAGAAUAACAGCUGCAACAAUGGUGGAACAGUGAAAGGGAUAGUGACGGUGAAUCCGAAGCCCAACAAAGGUUUGACAUCAAAACUCAUCGACUGGUUUGAAAAUGUGAUUGUUAAGCUUAUGUAUGACUCUUCACAACAUCAACAUUAUCUCUCCGGUAACUUCACUUCGGUUCCUGAAACACCUCCCAUAAAGGACCUCCCAGUAAUGGGUUACCUUCCUGAAUGUUUAAAUGGAGAGUUUGUUCGUGUGGGUUCAAAUUCCAAGUUUGCUCCAGUAGCUGGAUAUCAUUGGUUUGAUGGAGAUGGCAUGGUUCAUGGUGUGCGGAUCAAAGAUGGAAAAGCAACAUAUGUUUCUCGUUAUGUUAAAACAUCACGUCUUAAACAAGAAGAAUAUUUUGGAGGUGCUAAGUUCUUAAAGGUUGGAGACCUUAAAGGGCUUUUCGGAUUGUUCAUGUUUAGCAUUCAAAUGUUGAGAGAUAAAUUCGAAGUAUUAGAUUUCUCUUACGGAAAUGGAACAGCUAAUACAGCUCUUGUUUAUCACCAUGGGAAACUUUUAGUACUUCAUGAGGCAGACAAACCAUAUGUUCUUAAAGUCUUGGAAGAUGGGGAUUUGCAAACACUUGGAAUGCUGGAUUAUGACAAGAGAUUGGCACAUACAUUCACAGCUCAUCCAAAGGUUGACCCUUUUACUGGUGAAAUGUUUACAUUCGGUUAUUCGCUCUCUCCUCCAUACGUAACAUACAGAGUUAUUUCGAAGGAUGGUUUCAUGCACGAUCAAGUACCGAUAACAAUAUCAGACCCCAUCAUGAUGCAUGACUUUGCCAUUACUCAAAAUUAUGCUAUUUUCAUGGAUCUUCCUUUGUAUUUCAAACCGAAGGAAAUGGUGAUGGAAAACAAGCUUAUAUUGUCAUUUGACGCAACUAAGAAAGCUCGCUUUGGUGUCCUUCCACGGUAUGCAAAGGACGAGCUUCUAAUCAAAUGGUUCGAGCUUCCAAGCUGUUACAUAUUUCAUAAUGCCAAUGCAUGGGAAGAGGAAGACGAAGUUGUUCUGAUCACUUGUCGUCUCGACAAUAUAGAUAUGAAUAUGAUCAGUGGGGAAAUAAAAAAAAAACUUAAUCAUUUCAGAACAGAGCUGUAUGAGUUGAGAUUCAACUUGAAAACUGGUUUAGCAUCCCAACGUAAACUCUCAGCAUCAGCUCUAGAAUUUCCAAGGAUAAAUGAGAGCUACACUAGCAGGAAACAGCGUUAUGUGUACGGAACCAGACUGGACAGCAUUGCAAAAAUCUCAGGCAUAGUCAAGUUCGAUCUGAAUGCUGAACCGGAAAGUGAUGAUGAAAAAACAUGCAUAGAGAUUGGUGGUAAUGUUCAGGGCUUGUAUGAUCUUGGACCUGGUCGAUUUGGUUCCGAAGCAAUAUUUGUCCCCAAAGUUCCCGGAUUUGAUUCUGAAGAAGAUGAUGGCUACCUAAUAUUCUUUGUUCAUAAUGAGAAUUCUGAAAAAUCAGAAGUACAUGUGAUUGACGCGAAAACAAUGUCAGCUGAUCCGAUCGCGGUUAUUCAUUUGCCUUGUAGAGUUCCAUAUGGAUUCCAUGCCUUCUUUGUCACCGAGGAACAACUACAAGAACAAGCAGAGCUCUGAACUGUGAACCUAAUCUGUAAACGGAGGAAGCUAAAUGUUUACGUUCGUUUUACUCUGUUGUCCUUCUUCAUCUAUUCCGAGUUUCGACCAAAUAAUUUAUUCACACUAAUUUUCUAAUAAUGCCAAUCAAUAGUUUGUUCUAGACAUAAUUUUUUUACUUUUAACUUUAUUCCUAAUUAAAAUUUUACUUAGGAAAAUCACCACGAAACAACAAUGAAUAUAUUAUCAGGACACUCACUAUGAAUCCUAAAACUCAUGUGGACCCUUUUAAUAUAAGAUGAUAAAUAUAUUUAAUAUCUAAAUAAUAAUUUUUUAGAAAUUUUUACACCAAAAA